GCAACACAAACAAAAUUCAAAAAGCGAAAAAUAAAAAUUAUAAUAUCAACAACCUUCAACUUCAAUUUACCCCAACAAUCACCCACCAUUCACAAUGUCAGGAGAAGCAUUGGAUGAAAUACAAUGGAAAUCACCUGAAUUCAUUCAAGAACGAGGACUACAUACUGGUAAUGUCCUUGAAUAUUUCUCCUUAUCCCCCUUUUAUGAUCGAACAUCAAAUAAUCAAGUUCUAAUGAUGCAAUUUCAAUUUCAACAAAUUCAAAUUCCUGUCAAUUUAACUUUUCAACAAUAUUUCCAAUCUAAAUUAUCAGAAAUGACAGGUACAGAAUUCAUUAUUGCUUUUAAUCGUGAACCUGAUUUUUGGAUUAUUCGAAAACAAAAAAGAAUCGAUUUAAAUAAUAAUAUCUUACCAAUUCAAGAUUAUUAUAUUAUUGGGGCUAAUGUUUAUCAAGCUCCUAAAAUUUAUGAUAUUUUAAGUUCAAGAUUAUUAUCAUCAAUCUUAUCCCUUAAGAAUUCGUUUGAUUUAUUAAAUACCAUGACUCAAUAUCAUAUUUCUGAUGGUGGUCAUUCUUAUAAUAAUGCUAUUCAUUUAUCUUCAAGUCAUAAUCUUAUGACUGGUUCUUCCACAAAUAUCCCUAAUUUAGCUCCAUCUACUUCAUCUUUAUUAUCAAAGUCAACUUCCUUAGCCUUGCCCAAUAGUACCAAUAAUCCUUCUGUAUUAACUCCUAAUACUACUACUCCUCAAACUAAUUUAGGGUUACCAAUUGCUGCUGCUACAAAUAUACCGACUUCAAUGGCAGCAGUAACCAAUAAUCCUAAUAAUCCAAAUAAUAAUGGUGGACUGUUUAAUAAUAUUGAAAUCACAAGUGGAGCAUUUGAUAGUUUAUUAAAUAAUAUCAUUGCUAAUUCUGAUUCUUUAACCAAUAAUACCUCAAAUAAUAUAAUCAUAACUGCCAGUGGAGAUUCUGAAAAUUCCGAUUUGGAUCAAAAUGGAGGUUCUAAUACAAAUGGUGGUUCAGUAGGAAUGGCAACUUCUUCAAGUUCAGGUGCAACUAUACCUGUUGCAGAUAAUGAAUCAAAAAGUAUUUAUCUUGAUGAUAUUCCCUUAUAUGGUAGAGGAAGUACAGUAGAGAUGUUAGGUUUAAAACUUAAUGUUAAUAAUGAAAAUGAUGAUUAAAACACUAAUAAUAUAGAACUAUGUAUAUUUAUUAAUACAACAA